UGUUCAUGUCCUGAGCGCAUGGCAGCAAGAAGGAGGGGAGGUGACAGUCCCCUGCAGCCUUCCCAAUCUGGGGGGCAGGAGCUGGACCCACACCCAGAGGGCCCCAGAACUGAACCUGUUGGGGACUGAGCUAAUACAGGACAGGGUGGGAGAGACCCUGGGCUCCUCUCCUUCUUGCUACCUCCCCCCAUAGUUACUGGCAUGGGGAGGCAGCGGGACCCCCGGCCAGCUCGGGCGAAGGCCACGGGGAGGCUGGGCCAGGAGAGAUUGCACAGAGCCAGGGACACAGCAUGGCCAAGCCCCAGCUGGGCUGGAGCCAAGCCCGACCCCAAGGCCAGCCAGCCCAAGCAGCGCUGGCAGGGGGACAGCAGGGGGACAGCAGAGCAGGGCCGUGCCCCAGCGCUGCAUAAAAAGGCCCAGCAGGCCCAGGGAGCAGUGACACUCUCAGCAGAGCCCAGGGCAGCGCUGGCAGAGCUGCAGCAGAGGGCCAUGGAGCAGUACUUCUCAGCCACGCAGAAGAUGGAGCAGGAGGUGAUGUUCCCCAGCCUGCUCCGAGGGGUCUUCCCGCAGCAGGAGGGGGCAGCGCCGGCCGCCGAGAGCCGCACGGACCUGUACGAGCGCUACCAGCUGCUCAAGGCCAUCAAGCCCAUGGUGGAGAAAGGCCUGGCCUCUGUGGGGGAGCAGAGCCCCGCCGGCGCCGACAGCGACGCGGACGCGGCCUCGGACGGCAGCGAGGCCGGGGACGCGCAGCUGGAGGAGCGCCUGUCCCACCACCUGAGCGGGCUGCAGCAGGUGCUCACCCACCUCACCAGGGACACCAACGCCCUGACCCGCAGGUACAGCCAGAUCCUGGAGCAGAUCAACCUCAGCGAGGGGCAGCCCAGCUGGUGACCCUGUCCCGGCCACCAGGACAGGUGCUGGUGCCAGGAAGCACAAGACGUCCCCGUCGCUGACCAUCGCAGGCUGUUCCCUGUCACGCUGCAUCCCCCACUCGGUGGCAGCUGAUGUGAUCUCCCGGCGCUGGCACUGACACCAGACAUGGCUGUGACCACUGGAGAACAGACGGUGCCUUAUCCUCAUAGGAAGAAGCAUCUGGCUGUGCUGGGAUGUCCAUUGGAAGAGCUGCAGGCUCGUGCCCUCCUCUUUAUUUUCAAAGAGUGCUGUGAAGUUGGGAAUGUUGUGAGGUGUCCCCAAGCUCCAAGAGUCCCUUGAGACUUCCAAGCCCUUUUCCAGCUGGUACCUGGACUGCAAGGGCAUUUCCCCCUGUUUGCUAAUAAAAGGAUCCCAGUGAA